UACGUGUAGAUUUUAAAUUUUUCCUAACUUAAGUAAAAUCAAUAAUAUAAUAACAGUAUAUUAUUUUAUUUUAAAAAAUUACGUUGUGGUAAUUAAGUGAAAUCUAAAAAAAAUACUACUUGCCAAAGUCUAAUCAUGUUGGGCAUGGCUUCAUUAGCAAUUAAGUAUUUGUUAUUUAUUUUCAAUCUUAUAAUAUUUUUAAGUGGAAUUUUAUUAUUAUCAGUUGGACUAUCUAUACGAAAUGUUUAUAUUCAGUAUGAAUUAUUUCUCAAUGAAAAUUAUUUUACUGCACCUUACCUACUGAUUAUUGUUGGCCUUAUAGUUUUAUCAGUAUCUUUUUUUGGUUGUUGCGGUACAUUGAAAGAAAACAAUUGUAUGAUGCAUACUUUUGGAAUUCUAUUAGGGACAUGUUUUCUAAUGGAACUUACUGGAGGUUUAGCUGGAUUUAUUUUAUCAGAAAAAGCUUAUUCUGUUGUUACUAACAAUCUUCAUGAUACCAUGUUACUUUACAAUAAAACAAAUCAAAUAACUCAUAUUUGGGAUGGACUACAAACAACACUUCAAUGUUGUGGAGCAGAAAAUGUAAAUGAUUGGUAUGUAAUACUGAAUAAUAAAUUACCCAUGUCAUGUUGUGGACCAGUUGAAGGAGCUAUUGGUCAACAAUCUUGUACUAAAGAUUCAGAUACUUUAUAUAAACAACCUUGUUAUGAAUCUCUAACAAAAAUUGUAAAAGAAAAUGCUAGUACUCUUGGGUGUGUAGCGAUGGGAAUAGCUCUUUUACAGAUAACUGGUAUUAUGCUUUCUUGUUCACUAUCUAAAUCAGUAAAACGUAGUUACAAUGCUUUUUGAGGAAUGUAUUUGAGAAAAGAUAUAAAUUUCAUAGGUUUAUUUAUCAAUAUAUUUUUAUAAUAAUAAUAAUGUAUUCUAGUAUUAAAAUUAAUUCAUAAUGUAUAACUUUCAUGCAAGGAAUAUGAGUGAUGUAAAUGUAGAGUUCAACUAUGGUUAUAAUCAAACUAAAAUGAUUAGUUGUACAUAAAAAUAAAAUUAUAAAAGAAAAUUGUACAAUAGAAAAAACUCAAAUAGUAUAUAGUUCAUUUUUUAAUACUUUUUAUUUUGUAAUAAAUAGAAAACGAAAAUUUUAAGUUGAAAAUUUAAGACCUUAUAUUCCUUGCAUCUCAUCUUUAUUUGGAUUUAUGACUUAUUUUGUUUAUGGAAAAUGAUAUCUAUGUAUAUUAAUAAAUUAUAACUUAACGACAUGUCUUAA